AUGACCCUCCAUGUACCAGUGAGCACUUUUCAGAUGGGUGUAACUGUGAGCAGAGUGGAGAGGGCCUCACUGUCGCUUGCACUUACUCUCUUCCCUGCAAACACUUUCCUUCCAUGUGGCCCACACAGUUCGGAGUGUGCAGAUUAUGACUCCCUUCCAGAGUUUGAGACCCAGCUACACUUCCAGGGCGUGACAGGAUUGCGAAACCUGGGCAACACCUGCUACAUGAACGCCAUCUUGCAGUGCCUGUGCAACAUAUCUCCACUGGUGGAGUAUUUCCUCUCGGGAAAGUACAUCACCGCUCUUCAGAAGGACUGCAGUGAGGUCACCACCGCCUUUGCCUACCUGAUGACAGACAUGUGGCUUGGGGACUCAGACUGCGUCUCACCAGAGAUAUUUCUGUCGGCUCUUGGCAGCCUUUACCCAGCUUUUCUGAAAAAGACACAGCAAGAUGCACAAGAGUUCCUGAUUUACGUCCUCAAUGAACUUCAUGAAGCCCUGAAAAAGCAUUGCCGAAGAAGAGCAUAUGAGAGAAGGUCUUCUCAAAAAUGCUGCCGGAAGGUGAUGGCCAGUGAGACGUCAAUCAUCACCCGGCUGUUUGAAGGACAGCUCAAUUACAGCAUCACAUGUUUAAAGUGUGAGAAUUGCACCUACAAGAAUGAAGUUUUCACUGUCCUCUCCCUCCCCAUCCCAUCCGAAUAUGAGUGCUCCCUUCAGGACUGUCUCCAGUGUUUUUUCCAACAAGACACAUUGACCUGGAACAACCAAAUCCAUUGUUCCUUUUGUGAAAUCAAGCAAGAAACAGCUGUGAGAGCCACUAUUUCCAAGGCACCAAAAAUAAUUGUUUUUCACUUAAAAAGGUUUGACAUCCAGGGCUCCGUGAAGAGGAAGCUGAGGACAGACAUCCGGUACCCACUCACCAACCUGGACAUCACUCCUUACAUCUGUCCAGUUUUCCGGAAGCAUCCUAAGUACAACCUCUGUGCAGUGGUGAACCACUUUGGCGAUCUGGAUGGUGGCCACUACACUGCCUUCUGCAAGAACUCAGUAACUCAGGCCUGGUAUAGCUUUGAUGACACCCGAGUCAGUGAGAUCCCAGAUACUUCAGUUCAAACGGCUACAGCAUAUCUCCUGUUCUACAGCUGCCAGCCCUUUUCUAUACCGACACAGAGACCCAAGAGCUAGGACAGUGCUCCUGAGCACUGCAAACAAGCCAUCAGAAAAUGCAAUGAAGUGUGCCUUGUCAUUAAACCCUUACCACUUACAUCGAUAAGGGUUCUAAGUCUCACAGACAGCCUCACUCAGGGUAGCAUGCCACACACUGCCAACAUAGGGGUCUAAGAACUGCAGGUUUCAAAGGUCAAUGUUUCAUGAGGCAGGUUUCUAUCAUAAUCUAUUUCAUAAUUAUAAGUAACAAGUUAUUUUCCAAAAAUUUUAUACUUAUUUUGUAUCUAUGUGCACAUAGAAGUCAGAGGGUAACCUGUGGGAGUUCAUUCUCUUUUCCACCAUGUGGGCUCAGGAAAUUGAACUCGGGUCCUCACUGUGCGAUCUAUUCAGCCCAACACAAAUGAUUUUUGUUUAUAAAUGUGAGUGUUUACAAAUGGCUCAGUGGUAGACUGUCUGCUCAGCAUGCAUGAGUUCCCAAAUUUGAUCACCAGCACAGGGGAAAAGUUAAGUGCAAAUGUGACCCAUGGGGCUGAAGAUGGCCCAGCGGUUAUGAGCCCUUGCUGUUGCAAGAGGACCUGGGCUUAGUUCUUAGCACCUAUAAGGUACGUGUACACACACACACACACACACACACACACACACACACACAUGCAAAAUACCAAUACAUAUAAAAAAUCUUACAACUUGAAACCCAGGCUCUAGCCCUUCCCCCUGUAAGCUAAAUAACCACUUCCCAAAACACCUUUAGCACUUUAUUUAGAAGAGACUCCCAAAACAAUAUGGACUAUUGUACUGCCCUUAGUUGUCUUCCAGAACCUGAAGGUAAAGACCCUACUGCUGAGGACACCACACACUUCAGAUACAGGACUUGAAGGAAUCAAGCUCGAACUGACCUGGAAGCCUGCACUUGAGGACUAGGUCUCAUAAUAUCCCAACAUGCUAUGUACGCUACCAAGGGAGGCAAGCAAUCAACAGUCACAGUCAGCUAUGAGGCAAGAGGCCUCAUAGGUGCAAUGGUGGCACUUACAUCUUGGGGAUAACCAACAGCUGUUUAAUUGGACUAAGUGGACUUAAACCUUUCAAGAGGAGGGAAUCCAUGCCUGGUAAACUGAGUUGACUACCCAAAACUGGUGAGGUGAUGGACCCUAGAGGAGACCCUCCUACUGCCAGUGUAAUUCCCAACUUCAUUCUGAAUACGUAGCCACAGGGAAGUGUAGUACUCUACCCCCCAUCAAAGAAGCUUUUUGCAGCUGAUGGAGACUACCAAUCAAAAUGCAGAGAACACCUGACCAAGUGGUGCUUGGCCCCAAAAGACACAUCUACAACAUAACUACAUCAUCUCAGGCUCAGGGAACAUCUGGGAGGAGGGGCAGGGCAUCUGCUAUGAAACAGUGUCUUGUGUUUAUGACAAGGAAGCUGCACCCUAAAAUCUCAAAAAAUGAGACUUGCACAGUGACGCUACCAGUUCAUAUGCCAGCAUUGACAGAUCAUCUCACAAAGUCCCACCCCUAGAUGAAGAGCUACAUGCAGUUAACUUAAGUAUGGAAGAAUAGACGCACUCAGGAGGCAGACUCCCAUCACUGUGAGUUGAGGCCAGCCUGGUCUACAGAGUGAGUUCCAGGACAGCUAGGGCUGUUACACAGAGAAACCCUGUUGGAGGGGGAUGCAGGAUAGUGAUGCAGGGGAGACAGGAAGAAUCCGUCUUCUCCAGGGAUGAGAAUCCUGACAUUUAAUCCAACACCAGAAGGACUCAGCAAGGGUGGGUGGGUGGGUGUGUGUGUG